CUAGAAUCGACAUUUACUCUAAAAUACUUAGUUUGUUUGACUGUACGAUCCUGCCUAUUUGCUUCAACGAGUUGUUAUCCUUAUACAAGUAACUGUAAAAAAUCAUGAUUUAUUGUCGUUUGCAUGAGAUCUUAAUAAUACAAUUUACAAUAAAAAAAAAAUUAUAUUUUAUUUGGUAAAACUUUUCCCUCGAUGAUACGUUUACCAUCUACACCGAUAAUUUCUCUCAAGUUAGAGACAUGCCUGCUUUCAAAGUGUUUUACCCAAAAAUUCAUUUCAAUAAUAAGCAGCAACCCUCGAAAGGUUUGGAUUCCUAAUUUUUUUGGUACAUUACUUACCUUUUAAUUUCGAUUUUGCACGAACAAAAAAUGUAAAUAGAUUGAUUGAAAACCACAUUGGAUUAUCGUUGAGGUCAUAACGUCAAUUAUUGUUAAUUAUUUUCGAUUAAUAAUGACCUGGAAGUGCAUAUACUACUUGGGAAGGCGCCAGGCAGCUGGAAAUCUACGUAUUGUCACCACUGUUCCGCGAGAUGGCGCAACAGUAGGCGCAUCGCGAUACGCACGCGGCCUAUAGGUAACUGGAUGGCGUGAACACAUGAUUUGAAAUUAUAUAUUUGUGAUACGCAAGGUAUUGUAAUAUUUGUAGGCACAUAAAGAAGCUGACGAAGUCAUUCCAAUCACGUCCUUAUCGUCGUAUAUAUAGAGAGCAACUAAAUAAAGCGAGUGUGGAUGGUACCACACGUACCACAGCCUCGACUCGCUAAUAUUCGUGACGAGAAGCCUCGAGAGAGUCUGGAGCCGGCUUAAUAAACUGCGCGCGCUGUUCCGUCUAACAAACAAAACUUGUGAUUCCUACGCUUACCGUAAUUACGGUAGACCCCAUUUGUUACGAAAGUCCCGCCUUCGCUUUCAGACCACACAGCCUCAGUUGGGACUCAGUCGUCUUUCGGGCGACCAUUGAAGAUUGACGAUCUUCAUUUCAUUUUGCACCUGACAUCGUGCAAGCUCUUAAAACAAAGCAACAUGUGGCGGCAAGUCUGUCUUUUGGCGCUGGUAAUGACCGUUCUCUGUGCUGCGGACCACAAUCGGGAGGAUCGUCAGCCGCGUUCAGCCGACACAUUCUGGAUCGGCGGUCGCUAUGGACGUUCCCUUCGUGGACCGACUGAAGUCACUUUGACGAAUAACAGGGUGGUCCGUCACGCAGAGGAGGAUGCAGACCAACAGAAAACUAAUAGGUUCUACUUGACGAAUCGUUACGGGAAGAGAGCUGGGCAGUUGAGUGACAGAUUGGCCAACCGAAUGAACGAUCGCUUCGGGGAUAGGUGGAAAAAACAAAUUGUGUGCGACUGCGUGCCCAGAGAGCAUUAUAAAAGGAGCGUGUUCAGAGUAUCAGAAUAGAUGACACCUAAAUCAUUUCAUCUAAAUAAUAAUCCUUUAACCUCCAAAUUGUACCUAUUUAACACAGAACAAAACUAUCAGUUUGUCUAAAAACUGGGCUGGAGUUUUCAUAUAAACCGAUAAUUUUUCAUUAAUUACCUACUGACAUUAAAAAAAACUCAAGCAAAUUAAAAGUAAUGUUGAAGAUUCGGUAAAAGAAAACCAGAUAUGAGUAUAAGCUUGUCUCACCCCACUAAAGGAUGAGGGACUAUUUCAGUGGUUGGCUAUGUUCCCCCUUUUGUAUUUGUAUACA